ACGGAGGAGGAGGGAGUACUAGUGCCUUUGCACUGUAGAGGAAGACAGUUCACGUCUGUCCACAUUCUGCGGCUUUUUCGGUUCGGUCUCUCGGUCGGUGGAAGAGCGAGACCUCUCACAGGAGGUGGAGUUCGCCGUGCUUAAGCUACGCGGGACCAGUCGUCUCUUGCGAUGUUAACAGAGAGCUGAAAAGACAGACCUGCUUGCUCCAAUACAUGACAGCGUACACAAGUCAUGGAGCUCCACAGAUCCUUGAGCUUGUGGAUAUUGUGUUUGUGUCUCGUUGGAGAAAGUUGGACUGAAAAGCCAAGUUCACCUACACCGGUGGACAGUCAGCUUGCUGAAAAUGGAAUGCGAGAUUUUUGUCGCAUUGAUGAGCCACUAUGCAAGGAUGAAAAUGCCUUUCUCACCUUUGAAGCUAUCCGUAAUAUCCAUAAGCAGAUGGAUGAUGAUGCAAACGGCAAUGUAGAUGUCGUAGAGACAGAUGGCUUCCUGAGAGAAGAUUUAAACUACCAUGACCCUAAGGCCAAACAUAACAGCUUCCAUGGGGAUGACCAGUUCAUCAGUGUGGAGGACUUGUGGAAUUCAUGGAAGGGCUCUCAAGUGUAUAAUUGGACAGUGGACAAGGUGGUGGAAUGGCUCAUCAACUAUGUGGAGCUGCCACAGUAUGUGGAUGCAUUUCGCAAGAUGAAUUUCAAUGGAAGUGCCAUGCCAAGGCUUGCUGUAAAGAACACCACUCUGACACUCUCUAUUCUGAAGAUUUUGGAUCGAAGCCAUGUGCAAAAGUUGCAGCUCAAAUCGUUGGACACCGUACUCUUUGGAGCACCACUGAUGAAUAGACAUAACCACUUGAAGGACUUCAUGCUGGUCGUGUCAAUAGUCAUAGGCAUGGGUGGAUGCUGGUUUGCCUACAUCCAGAACCGCUACUCUAAGGACCAUAUGAAGAAGAUGAUGAAGGACCUAGAGGGCCUGCAGAGAGCUGAGCAGAGUCUGCAUGACCUACAAAAGAAGUUGCAGAUUGCCCAGGAGGAGCAUCGAACAGUUGAAGUAGAGAAGGUAAAUCUCGAGCAGAAGCUGAGGGAUGAGAUAAACGCUGCUAAGCAGGAGGCCCAACGAUUGAGAGAGCUGCGUGAAGGCACAGAGAAUGAGCUGAGUCGCCAAAAGUAUGCAGAAGAAGAGCUCGAACAGGUGCGCAUGGCAUUGAAGAAGGCAGAGAAGGAGUUGGAGUCACGGAGUAGCUGGUCGCCACCAGAGUCUCUACAGAAAUGGCUGCAGCUCACCCAUGAGGUGGAAGUGCAGUACUACAACAUCAAGAAGCAAAAUGCCGAACGGCAACUCCUGGUGGCCAAAGAAGGGGCAGAGAAGAUAAAGAAAAAGAGGAACACUCUCUUUGGGACUUUCCAUGUGGCUCACAGCUCCUCCCUGGAUGAUGUGGACCACAAAAUAUUAGCAGCCAAACAAGCCCUUGGCGAGGUGACCGCUGCUCUGCGAGAGAGGCUGCAUCGCUGGCAGCAGAUAGAGAUUCUAACGGGUUUUACCAUCGUCAACAAUCCAGGCCUCCCAUCACUGGCCUCGGCCCUCAACCUCGACCCCACUUUCAUGGGCGGCAGAGCUACACCUCAGCACUUCAUCAUGUCUGACGACAUGGACGACAUGGACGAGGAUAUCGUACCCGGAACUCUGCCAUAUGGCAAUCGACUGUUGGAACGGCGAGCUAGUGACCUGUGGUCCAUUGGUUCAGACUGUCAGCCCGUGUGGAAAUAUCCUGCUCCCAGUAUGAUGUCUCUGCGCCAACGCCACAUUGAUCCCCAGCUGGCCCUGGGCUCCCAGAGGUUGGUAGAGAGUUGCCUGUUGGCAGGGCAGCAGGGCGAGGGAACCCCCUACCAUUCGAGGCCUAGGGCUACCUUCAGACAUUCACGCAGCCACUCGUUUGGGCAGCUCGAUUGUCUCCCUCUGCCUCCCCUCUCCUCGGCCGUUUCUCACCCGUCCAUAAUCUUUACUUCCAGCCAAAUUCCUCAGUCGUCAUCAUCCUUAUCCUCAUCUUCUUCCUGCUUACCCAGCUUUGUGGGUGGCAGUGCAACCCCUCAUUCCCAUGCAUACCAUGCUUCUUUCCAGCCCAUGGAUCCUAUUCCUGAUUUGUCAUUCUCAGAUGUCUCCAAAGUGCACUCCUCGUGCAGCGACAGUUUCGGGGAUCUAAAUCGCUCCGACUCAGACUCCUCUUUGUCCCUUUCACAAGUUGGUGAUCGACUGUCUGCCUACAGCUCCAAAGGCCACCUAAUCAAGCCCACUUCUCUCAUGCACGGCCUGUCCAACCGAGCAGAUGAUGCCGUCUCACUGCAUGCUCACACCCCCAAUGGAGGGACCCGUGUUCAUGAGGGAGGUCCCGACAGCCCCAUACUCAUGAAGAAGGUGUACAGCCUGGGAGAGAUCAACAGUCUGUCUGAGUCAUCUCGCUCACUCAGCCCAAACUCCACUGAACCUGACACACCAUCACCAACAGGAGGGCAGGUAGGAGUGGUGGGAGCUAAAGCCAACAGCCGCAUCCCACAGCUGUCCUCCAAGAAGAGCCCUCUAGAGGAAGAUAGUGGUUCAACAGGAGAAGACACAGAUUCAGCUGCCAGCCGUAAGAAACAUACCUUCAAGAUCUUCAAAAAACAGAGGAAAUAAAAGCUAAAUGAACUAUGGGCUACCAAAGCUGUCUGACUGUAUUCCUCUGUCUAACCUGUUUUUGUUAUGUUUUUUUUAGUUUCUAGUUUUGGGGGUUCAUUAAUGGUCACAUGAUGGCAAGAUUUUUUGUCAUUGAAUCUUUUUGUAGGUUACAACACCUACUUUGAGAGACUGUGGACUGUUUUACCCAGCUUUAUCUGCUUACACUUGGUCAAUGUUGAGUAUGUGGGGAAUGGGCAGGUUUGUAUAUUGGAAUGUAAAGUAUUAUUUAUUCUGCAGGAACUUGUGCCAGUGUCAAAGGGAAAUAUGUCUCCCACUUGUUGUUUCCUUUUUUUCCUUCUUGUUCUACAAUCUAUAACAUUUUGCAUGUCUUCACUUUUGUUUGACAGAUACUCGAAUGCUCUAAGUGUUUGCUUGGUUCUUGUUGUUAACCUGCUUAGACAACACUUGUUUCUUUUAUUACUAUCACAACACCUACAAGUCCAAAGUGAAUGCGCACUCCUGACUAUUUUCUUUUUAAUGAUGGGUACACUUUGUCUGUUUUCUUUUUGUUGAUGUCUUGUUUGCGGAGAAAAUGACACAUUCAGGGGAUCUUCAAAUACAAGAGAUGUAUUAGAAUGCUCCUGUAUAUUACCUUUGGCUGUAAAAACAAAUGUUGCGUGUUGCUAUUUGAACUCAGUAUAUUACGAUGCCUUCUUAGGGCCAUUCUAGGGAAUAAUAAUAAUAAAAAAAUAAUAAAAAAGGAUCAGGGAGGGGGUGAUACUCUGAAAAAGAAAAAAUCCUAACUUUUAUGAUGUCUUAGGUGGAAAAUUUCUUUUUAAAAUGAAUGCAAAAAACCCCAAAAACUAUAGUCUCACAUUGAAGUCACAAAUAUAGAAAAAUAAAAAUGUUCCUCUUUUUGUAAAGCAAUCUCAUCACACUAGAUGGUGCUUUGCCUCUAUUAUUCCUACUGACAUUAUUCAGAUGCAGUCAGCAACUAUCUGGGAGCCCAUAAUAUCACAUUAAGUAUAGCUGUUUAUUGGGUUAUUCAGAAGAAAUAUACUGAUUUGCAUGAGAUGCUUUUGUGUAAAAGUUAUUCUUGCAUCACGCCUCAACUUGGCCAUUUUCUGUUUAGCAAUAGAAACCACAUUUUUAAAAAGAUAAAAUAAAAAUAAUUAUUAAGGGUUUUAAUGUUUUUCUCAGAAUAUUAAUCAGUUAUCUUUUUUCCACAUAGAACAGCCCUAAUAAGCUGUCCUAGUGUAUCAGCAUUAACUGCUGGGUCUAAAUGUAUUUGUAUUGCACCCUAGAGGUAAAUUCUUGCAAAGUAUCUAAAGGACCAGCAUCAGACCUUUUGCGGUUUUGAGUUUUAGUGCAUUUGAAAAAUGGGAGAGUGAAGAAUGUCUCUUCUAUCUCUUUGCUGAAGUAUCCAGCUUAUCUUAAGGACUAUCACUGAUUAAACUGGGGGUUUACGCACACCCUCACUGAACCAUACGGUUAUCAGGUGUUUGAAGACUAAAAAUAGGGUGUAUAUAGAAAAAAAAAAUUAUUAGGCAAUAAAUUACCAAAAUGUUUGAAGUGGCAGCCAUGAAAUGCAAUGGUAUCUUUAGGUAUUUAAUUUUAAAGUUAGGAUACACAUUGUGAAAAGAAAAUGCUAGAGAUGCUUGCUUUCUACACCUGUAUAGCAUAAGAAAAUGUACACCUUUGGGUUUGUUUUGUAAGAAUAGCCCCUUGAAGGUUAACCAGGAUCCCACAAUUUUCACGUAAUGUGGAUUGGGCUAUGCUGUCCUGUCUUUUAGUUUUAUUAUUUUGUUUGUCUUUUUAGUGGACAUUAAAAGAUCCACAGCAGUUUUUCAGUGAGGAUUGGUUGUUGGUAAGGGCUAUAAUUAAGGAAAGUAUUUUGCUCUGUACAAGACUGAAAAUUUAAAGUUGUAACUACUUCUGGUUAACGUUUUAUGGAGGCAGGAAGUCAAUCAUGUAGAAGUGCCAAAUUGUGAUUUCUGUCAGAGGCCUUUGUAUUUGUAGUGUGUUCUAAACCUUGAGCCCCUUUUGCACAGAAGACAAAAGUGCAUGAUGUAUACAGUAAUGUAUAUUCAAAGAUGAAAUGCUGAAUGUCCGAGGGUAUAUCCUGUAUCAGUACCGUAUGUUUACAUUUGUAACAAAUAAUUAUUCUCAGAUAAGUACAACAAAAAAAAAAACAACCUUGUGCCAGUUUUAAUGUUGAUUGCUUCAUUUGAGCACAAAACUAUGCAUCUAGUUGUAGGUAAUUACUAAAGUAGUAGGGACGCCAGUACACUUAGGGUGCUCCUGACCAACGAACAACCAAAAAGUGCUGCAGAAGACACAAGAAGUCUCCCCCAGCCUCAUAAUGUAACAGGUGGUUUGGAUUUAUAAGACACGUUUAAAUAUUUUAUUUAAAAAAAUAAGACGAGCUUAAAAAAAAUAACAAUUUCCUACUGGUACUUUUUUUAAAGUGUCAUUUGUACCUUUUUUGCACGACAGAGCUGUAAAUUGAUUAUGCCAUCUGAAUGUGUGAGUGUGUCUGUCUGCUCCCGGUAUAAUGCACUAUAACGUUGAUGCAUGUCAACUGUCAUAACGAAACCUAUAUUGGGUUAAAAGAGUGGAUCAGCUUAAGCUCUUAAGUCCUUCACCCUACUUUUCUCGUUGUCUUUAUUUUGAGCUUCUAUUUAUGAAAACCUACAGUAUAUUUGUACAGGGAAAAAAAUCAUUUUGCAUCUAAUGUUGUGGUCUAAACUUUGAUGGCACUCCUGCAUGAAAGCAAUAAACUAUUUUGAAUGAAA